CUCAAGUGGUCUCCACUCUCGAGCCCCAGCUCGCCAUGCUGAACCUGUACCCGAGGCUCUCGGUGGCGGCCGCCGCGAACGAGGACCACUACGCCGCCGAGGACUACGACGACGAUGACGACGUGGGCAGGUCACACCGCAACCGCGCCUUGUACGGCAUCGGCGUGGUGUGCGUGUCCAUCUUCCUCUUCUGCGUGCUCGCCGCCGCCGUCAGCGUCCUCAAAGCCCUCGCCUUCGCCGGCACCGUGGCCCUGCUCCUCCUCGUCCUCGGCUGCCUCGCGCCAAGAACCACAUGGGUCCUUCGGCCUCCGCCCAGGAGAAGGCCAGCCAAUGCGGUGCUCGCUCUCACGGCUAGAGGCGGGUGCGCGUGCGCGCCCGCGAACGUGCCGCCGGCGUUCGCCUACGCAUGCCCGGCGGGCGAGGGAGAGGUAGAGGGCAUGAGGUGCGGCGUGAUGUGCCCCGUGUGCCUGGAGGAGGUGCGCGGCGGCGAGAUGGUGCGGCAGCUGCCGGCGUGCGGGCACGUCUUCCACGUGGAGUGCAUUGACAUGUGGCUCCACUCGCACCGGACCUGCCCCAUGUGCCGCUGCGUCGUCUCGCCGCCGCCGACCACGGUGGCGGACAAAGCGAGCGAGGAGACGGCAGAGGCGCCGGUGUCGGCGUCACAGGAUGAGGCGCUGCCACCGGUGUAGCCGUGUACUGUACUUGUUAAAUUAGCUAUACUGGAGUUUGCAGCACAUUAGUUGUAGGAAUGUGUAUGUCAGCUUGGACAGUUAACGUGUAUACUGUGAACAGGAUUAGUGUA